AUGUUCCCACCACCGAAAAGCGGCAUGGCGUGCCGUCGUCCUUUCAGCGUCAGCCCUGUGUCGGGUGGCCGGCUAUUGAUUGGUUUGAUCAUCGUCACUCUCGCGCUGAUGACAACGGCAGCACAAUCAAAACUGUUGGUGAAUGGCACCGAUUGCAUCAUCCGCGAGCCACUGUACAACGUGACGUUUGACUUUAAUGCGCUCAGCUCGGAUCUCAAUCACCACGUGAUGUCCGAGGAGAACAACGAACGAUUCUUCUUCAAUGUGUGCGAUAAGGAUCAGAACGGGAAGGAUAACCGGACAGGGACGCGUGCGUACCUGGUACGCCAGGACAAGCGGAUCACGCUCGGCUACGAAGCACACCUGCAGCUGAACAACGGACGGAUGCACUUUUCAUUCUUGGGCGAACCGUGCGGCAAUGGUAGCCACUACACGCUGGACGUAAUACUGCUGUGCAGCUACGAGCGUACGCCGACCGAUCUGCGCGUGAUCCCGUACACACCGGACCAGUGUCGGUACUUUAUCUUCUGGGAUACGCCGCUCGCCUGUCAGCCGCUGCCGACCACGCUGGUGGCCAACAGGUGCACGGUGAGCGACGGUACCAACCGGCAUCUGUACAAUCUGUUACCGUUGGGUAGCGCCAACCAUGAGUUACCGUUGCCGGAUGGAUCCCGGUUUGUGGUGUCCGUGUGCAAGCCGGUACGCUACGGGCAUCUCACGAUGUGUCCACCCGGCACGGGCGUGUGUCUGGUAAACGGUACGGAGUAUCGUGAUUACGGCCAGGCCGUAUCGGAUCCCGUAAUCGAUCCAUCCGGUCGGCUGGUGAUGGAGAUGCGCUCCAAGACGGAAGCGUGCCAGAACUCGUUGAUUGUGUUUGAAUGCGGCAAGGACGAUGGCAUCGAAACGGGCCCAAUUUACCGUGGUCGGAAAGACAACUGCACGCAUGAGUUUGUCUGGCGUACCGCACUGGCCUGCCGGGAUACGCGGCCCUGCUCGGUGAGCAAUCCGAUCACGGGCACGCGGUACGAUUUGGGAUUGCUAGCGAAUCGGACCUACACGUUGACGGCGCGAGAUAAUCGUACGUACGAGGUGGGAGUGUGCCGUAUUCCCGCGUCCAGCCACUGCCCGCUAGAUGCGGGUGCAUGCGAGGUGUCCACAAAGCAAUCGGUCGGGCUCGGAGGCAUUUCGGACGAGCUGCACUAUGAUACGACGGGCGCACCUUACCUGCUGUACCGUUCCGGCGCUGUUUGCGAUGCGUCCACCGAACGUCGGUGGGAAACGCGGCUGGAAUUUAUCUGUGAAACGGACCCGGUGGUGGAUGGUCGUACCGGGGCGGUUGUACCGCCGACCGUGGUAGAAAACGGCGAAUGUCAGCUGGUGGUACAUUUCGAGACGGUGCUUGUCUGCGAACCGGCACUGAUGGCGUGCGGCGCUUACAAUGAAUCCGCCAGCGAUCAGUACGUCGAUCUGUCCCCGCUAAUGGAUGCCACACAGAACUACGAAGCGCGCAACCGAGUCGAGCAAGGGCGACGCUAUUUUCUUAACGUAUGCCGACCGCUCGUGCCGCAGUAUGGGUUAAGCUGCCGGGGUGGAGCGGCCGCCUGUGAAGCUACGUUUGACGGUGUCACGGCACGAAAUGAAACGACGCUUGGCUUCCCGGACGUGUCGCUCGUCGUGGCGGGCGAUACGGUGCUCAUGAAAUAUCUACGCGGUGACCCAUGUCGGCAGGAUCCGCUUACAAACCUGUCCACCACCGUGGCGUUCCGCUGUUCACCAACGGCUGGACGUGGUCAGCCGGUGCUUGUGGAGAUUGAACACGGUUGCCACUAUCGCUUCGAUUGGGGUACGGCGGUUAUAUGCCCGCCCGAGCUAACCGUACCAUUCGAACAGAGCAACUGCAGCUUCCACAAUCCUUCGACGGCAACUUGGAUGCGGAUGAGUGGUGUGCUGGAUGAGCUGUCACUGUGUGAUAAGCGACCGGUUGCCUCCGUCGACUAUCAUACCGGUGCACUCAACAUCCGCUACACGGAGCCUGAUCCGGUUAACUGCAGCGGCACGCUCGGUGUGAAAACGUACAACGUUACUGUGGCGUGCGCUCCGGACAGUCCGCUCGAUCGCGUAAUGCCCAGCACCUGUUUCGAAUUCAUCAACAAGCAGUCACCAACCGUUUGUGCUUUGGUUGGUCGCAAUGCGACUGCGAAAGAUGACAGUGUGCCGACAACAGUAAGUGCUGCACCAGAUCAUUCUACCGCCCAACCAACCACCGUGCCCAGCACGGUGUCCACCACGGAACAGAUCGGAACAAACGUUCAGCCCGCCGGUUUGGGUGCAUUCGGCAUCGUCAUGAUAUGCUUGACCGUGGUCACCACCCUGAGCGUCGGCACGCUGUACAUCGUGCGCCGACAUCCGGAUCGUUGCCAUCAGCUGCACUCGCUGCUGCUGUGCCGUGGGUCGGCCAUGGUGAUAAACGAUUUCCCCAGCACGACGUAUUCGCGCGUGGACAACAGUGAAACGUCUAGCCUGCUGCUGAACCCAUCGAACGUGCUGUCCGAUAGUGAUGACGAUAUGCUGAUAUAA